UUGUCCUCUCCUACAAACUGCCCUGAGUCUCAUCCUUCUGAGCCUAAUUUUUCCUGCAGAACAUGGGAAUGAUGGCCAUGUUACAAAGAUCCUGUUACAGUUGCAUCUCUCCUGGGUCUGCUUCAUGUAAUAGAAAUCCUUCUGUGGCGUGUUGCUGUGGGCUGCUAGAAGAAUACUCACCGGCGUCAGAAGAAACGACUUGCCGCUGACCGCCCUGGGCUUCUAGAGACCUUUCUCUGGACUGGGAAGGAUUUGGAUAUUAACUGGAAAUACCUCAAGAAGAUUCAAGAAGCUGUAGAGGUGAAGUGAAUCUGUGAAGGACCAGUAUGGGAAUCCUAUACUCUGAGCCCAUCUGCCAGGCGGCCUAUCAGAAUGACCUGGGUCAAGUGUGGCGGUGGGUGAAGGAAGAUGGCAACUAUAUCAAUGUCCAAGACGGCUUUAAUGGAGACACCCCCUUGAUCUGCGCUUGCAGGCGGGGGCACAUGAGAAUUGUUUCCUUUCUUCUGAGAAGAAAUGCUGAUGUGAAUCUCAAAAACCAGAAACAGAGAACCUGCUUGCAUUAUGCUGUGAAGAAAAGAUUUACCUUCUUUGAUUAUCUACUCAUUAUUCUCUUAAUGCCUGUCCUGCUUAUUGGGUAUUUCCUCAUGGUAUCAAAGACGAAGCAGAAUGAGGCUCUUGUACGAAUGCUGCUUAAUGCUGGUGUUGAAGUUAAUGCCAUAGACUGUUAUGGCUGCACUGCGCUACACUAUGCCUGUGAAAUGAAAAACCAGACUCUCAUUCCUCUGCUCCUUGAAGCCCAUGCAAACCCCAUGAUAAAGAAUAAGCAUGGUGAGACUUCCCUGGAUAUUGCACAGAGAUUAAAAUUUCCCCAGAUUGAAUUAAUGCUAAGGAAAGCAUCAUAAUCUUUGCAAUCUCAUAUGAAGAAGUAGUAAAAGGCCUGGAUUGUGUCUCAGUCUUGGACUGUGGGUCUGCAGACCACUCAACCUGGAGACCCCCAUGGUACGGGGAUAAGGUUGGUUGCCAUGGGUAACAUUUUCGAAGAGCUUUGUAUUUCUAAUGUUUUUUGCUCAGUGGAGUUCAUUAUGGUCACAAUCCUUCUGGGGGAGCCACUAAAGAUGUUGGACUCUCCACAUCAGUCAAAACAAGGUGAUGUUUCAAAGUCAAUCUCUUCUGAAGGAAAGGAUCAGUGUUCUUCUCUCUUUUCAGCUGUGCUGCUCUUAUAAAGAGGCUGUCCCAUCCAUAUCCUGCCCCAAGAGCCAAACUGUUCCUCUGAGGCUCCUUUGAGUAAUAAGACCAAGAAUCAAGCAUAUAUAUUCGUACGGAAUGGUAUAUGUAUGUGUGUAGGUUUAGAGAUUUAUAUGUAAAUAUUCAAACUUCAACAAAAUCAUGUAUCAGUUAUCAACAACAGAUAUUGGCAAAUGCUUCAAGUCAGAGCUUUUUUUUUUCCCUUACAAAGAGCCAGUGUACCAGCACAUCUCUAGAUGUUUUGCUAUCAGCUUACAAAUUAGAGUCAUCUUGAUGUCAAACAUGAUUAUGUGACUAUCAAGUUGUUUGUUCAAAAAUAAUUUUAUGAUCCUCUUGUGAAUGCAGGACAGUUACUAACCUUGUUAGUGUAUUUUUUAUUGAUAAAAUAAAAAUAUUGUAAAUUAUUUGAAUAAAAGAAUUCUUGACAAGAAAGGACUA